AUGCUGGCCAAAGUUCCCCGUACUAAUACAUCAUUUGAAUUACUCUCCAAUUCCGCCUUCUCGGAGAACUUAAAUGCAAGUCCUGUUGUCGGUGGUCUUAUAAGCUCAAGUAGUCAUGACAACGAUUCAUCCUCUUCUUCCUCCUCGUGCUUAUCUUUUUACGGUGGCUCAACAAACUCCACCGGAUCCUCGAGUUUAACUAGGGAAAACCUUGUGUCAUCUAGCCCUACAACCAUGUUAGAAUUUAUUACUGCCGCUGCCAACCAUCUUAAUCCUAACCUAAUUGUCAACCCUGUCACAAGUGGGACUCUUGGAGUCAACCAAGUUGAUACACUUGAUUCAGUGUCCACGAACUCUCAUCUGAAGGCCAUUUCUCAAACAGGUGACUUUGAAAACCAUUCUUCUAGCGCUGGAAUAAUCUUCUCUCAAGUUGCUAAUGGAUCACCCUCUAUACCACAAUUGGUCGUCAGUGGCGACUUUCUCUCUGCUAUUGCCCAGGUAAUUCUGCUCUUGAUUACGCUGCUGAUAAAUUAA